GUGGAGAUGUUGAAUUGGGUGUAUCUUUAUUAGUAGUUAUUUCAUCCAACAGUGGGUUGGUGGGUGUGUUUGUUUCACUUAUCAUGUAUAAGUGCGUAGUUGUCAACUAUAUCCCAGUCUGGGGAUG